GUAUAUAUCUUACUUUGCUUCCGGCCGUCUCGGGGACCCAAUUCCCCUCGAAACUUAGCUAGGCAUCAUCAUGUCAUCCUCCAGAACGCCUAUCGAGUUUGCACUUGGGGCGGAGAGCCGUCCUCACUCCCGCCAUGCAGGAACCGAUGCUAACGCAAGGGCGCAGCGGAAAUACUGCCACCAGUCAAGGCCAGAAGAGUGCAGGACUUUUCGGUUCCACCACCACAUCAUCUCAGCCCGCGACGACGGGAGGGCUCUUCGGCUCGACGUCGCAGCCCCAGUCAGGAGGAUUAUUCGGCACCGCUGCAACGACCUCACAAGCUCCUCAAACAGGCUCUCUUUUUGGGGCGAGUACACAAACAGGAACUUCUCAACCCCAAUCUACGGGCGGUCUGUUUGGAAACUUGAGUAAGCCUGCUACAUCGGGGACAACGGGCGGGAGCCUCUUCGGUGGUUUGACAGCUGCGUCAUCUCAACCUCAGCAGAGCGGAGGGUUAUUUGGAAGCGCAACGCAGACACAGGCAAAGCCGUCGUUAUUCGGUUCCACGACACAACAAACAACAACCACGCCUUCUUUGUUUGGCGCCACAACUACCCAGCCCACGACCACCCCCUCGCUCUUCGGGGCAUCACAGCAGAAUCAACCACAACAACAGCAGAGCUCCCUCUUCGGCGGCAUGUCAACACAGAAUGUAGGCACCCAGCCGGCACAAGGGGGAGGCGUACAGCUGGGUUGGGAUUCCGUCAAGGGCACCACGCGCUUCCACGAACUGCACCCGGACCUCCAAAAAAUCAUCCAAGAGCUUGACAACAAAAUACAAUCACAGAUGAGCGACGCGGGCCGUAUUCGCGAGAUCCUGCCGGGCCAGGGAGAUCUCGUAGCCACCCUCUCCCCAGACGUCGCAUACAUUGAGCAGCUCCUCGCAACUGUCGAACUAGGCAUCGACAACGACUCCAACGCUGUUUCCCGCCUGAAGGACCUCGUCGCGUCAGACGUCGAAGAGGCCACGCUCUGCUUCCGCGCCGCUACCAACCAGUCUCUCCCUUCUCAGUUCCACUAUCGCAACGCGGGACCUUCCGCUUCCAGACCCAGCCCAGCGGCCCCAGCUGCAGACGAAAACGACCCUUCCAAGCCGGUCGACCUGGUCAGUUACUUCUCCAAACGUGCCGAUAGCCUUGCAGCGACGCUCGAAGUCUAUCAGCGGCAGAUGCGCGAGAUUGAAACACAUCUCAGGACGAUGGAGGCGGGCACAGUGGAGAAGGCGCAACAGUUGGUCGGGAGUAGGAGUGGGGUUAGGGAUCAGAGGAGGGAGCUGGCAGAGGCCAUGCGGGCGAUCGAGGGCGCCAUUAUUGAACUGGCCGGAAGGGUCGGGAAGACGAGGGACGCGGUUGUGCAGAGGACGUUGGGGAGUGUCGGGGGUGGUGGGUUGUGA